AUGGCGGAAAGAUCUACAGAUCGUUCAGCAUCUAUCAGCUCUGCGUCGUCAGAAGCCGAGAGAUUCGACGAUAAAAAUGAAAAGCAUACUUUAAUGGGUUCACAAGAUGGAGACUACAAGUUACGGACACCAGAGGAAUUGGAAGAUAUGGAAGAAGAUAUUGAACGAGCAGAAUUACUUGCUCCACCACCAGAACAGAAACCAAAGGCUCCGGAAAGUUCUGUCAGAUCAUCAAUUAUUUGGAUGGUGGUAAAUACAUUGGCGACAAUUGGCAUCGUCUUUACCAACAAGGCAAUCUUUUCAGAUCCUUCUUUGAAACUUGCACAACUCACAUUCGCCGCGUUUCAUUUCACCGUGACAUGGCUAACUCUCUAUACACUAUCGCGACCACGGUUUGCCAUGUUCACACCAAAAAGAAUUGCAGUGAAGGAUAUCUUUCCACUUGCUAUUUCUAUGGCAUUAAAUGUCAUAUUACCGAAUUUAUCACUUGCCUUUUCCACAGUUACUUUCUAUCAAGUAGCUCGAAUCCUACUUACACCAACCGUCGCACUUAUGAACUUUGUUCUAUACCGAUCAACGUUGCCGAGAAAUGCGAUAUAUGCUUUGAUACCCGCUUGCAUUGGCGUAGGCAUGGUUUCCUAUUACGAUUCGCUGCCAACGGCUGAUGCGAAUAUCAAAACCACAAGUACGUUGGGAGUAAUUUUCGCAUUCACCGGAAUCUUCGCCAGUUCUCUCUACACAGUAUGGAUCGCCAGUUACCACAAGAAGUUGCAGGUCAACAGCAUGCAAUUGUUGUUUAGCCAAGCACCAUUAGCAGCCUUCAUGCUGCUGUACGUUAUCCCAUUUGUAGAUACCUUUCCCGUUUGGACCGAGGUGCCUGUCAACCGUUGGGUUAUGAUUUUCAUGUCUGGACUAUUCGCAAGCAUAAUAAACAUGUCCCAAUUUUUCAUCAUUGCUCAAACUGGCCCUGUUUCCAGCACUGUCGUUGGACAUGUGAAAACAUGUUCAAUCGUUGCUCUCGGAUGGAUGACUUCUGGGCGCGCUGUGGGUGAUAAAUCAGUAAUUGGAGUUUUUAUUGCAAUUGCUGGGAUCGUUGCGUAA